GAGUGGUAAUCUUUCAGUCUACACUAACACAGUCCUCUCUAGAAACGUCCAUUAGAAGCAAGCCGUCGAAUCCUCGACCACCGACACAAACUGGCGGCGCCACCGCUACUCUGUCAGUCCUCCGCCGUAGUUCAAAAUUCUCUCUACUUUUGCCUACUAAUAUUCUAAUUCCUGCAUUUUUCCUUUUGCAAAAUAAGACAACAGCAAAAAAGGCACAAUGCACCUUCACAUCUUACUCGAAAAAGCCCAAAUUUUCAAGCCGAAUGCUCCUGAAAUUCCACUUGUGAAGUAAAGUCGAAGCGUUUGACUUUUCUGUUAGUGAAUUACUCGAAAUUGAUUGAUUACAGUAAUGUCUGGGUCGAGGCGGGUGAAGUCUAUGGACUUUUCUCAGCCCGAGGUGCGGCCAGUGCUUGGGCCGGCCGGGAACAAAGCUAGAUCCCUGGAAUUGAGGAAGCGCAUCGGAAAACCCGACAGCGAAAAGUUACAGGAAUCAGAAGACGUUGACGAAUCCAACGGGAAGAAGACACCGGCAACGACGCAGUCUCCAGUGACUCUGACAGAUCAUUUGGCGUUGAAGUUGGAUUCAAAUUCGGUCAAUGGUCGUGCCGCUUCGAUUCUGAGGCAGCAGAAGCCUAAUUUGUCGUUGACUGCUUCGUGUUCAUCUGAUGCUUCUACUGAUUCUUCACAUAGCCCAUCUACUGGGAGGAUUAGCGGGCGGAGGGGGACACUGACACCGACAAUGACAAUGAGGAGGAAGCGGCAAUGCAGCCCAAAAGCGUGGAAUGCUCAGAUGAGUUUCGAUGGUGAGAGCAAGGAUAUGGAUCUGGCUAAGAAAAGGUGUGCCUGGGUGUCGUCGAAUGCUGAUCCAUCGUACGCUGCUUUUCAUGAUGAAGAGUGGGGAGUUCCUGUUCAUGAUGAUAAGAAACUUUUUGAAUUGUUGAGUUUCUCCACUGCAUUGGCUGAACUAACAUGGCCUGCCAUUCUUAACAAAAGGGAUAUAUUUAGAGAAGUCUUUCUGGACUUUGAUCCUAUUGCAGUGUCAAAAUUAAAUGAGAAGAAAGUAGCAACACCAGGAACUCUUGCCAGCUCUCUUCUGUCGGAACUUAAGCUGCGAGCAAUAAUCGAAAAUGCACGUCAAAUCUGUAAGAUAAUAGAUGACCUAGGGUCUUUCGACAAAUAUGUAUGGAGUUUUGUUAACUACAAGCCAAUAAUCUGUAACUUCCGCUAUCCUCGACAACUUCCUAUUAAGACGUCAAAAGCAGAUGCCAUAAGCAAAGACUUGGUUAGAAGAGGGUUCAGAGGAGUUGGGCCUACGGUUGUUUACUCAUUUAUGCAAGCAGCUGGAAUUACAAAUGACCAUCUCAUCAGUUGUUUCAGAUAUCAGGAUUGUAUAGCUGCGGGUGAUUUAAGAAAUGAGGAUGAUGGCCUCAAGACGAUGAAUGAAUGCAAGACAGUAGAAGAGAUCACUGAUAUGGAACUAGGUAGAGCUAUUGAUGAUUUGGAUUUAACCACUUAGUAGUAAUUAUUUUAGAUUCACUUUGAAGCAUUGUUAUCUAUUAUGUGAAAAGUUAGUUUAACACGCUAGGAUUGGCUCGUGUAUGCCAUGAAGUUUAAUUGUUAUGAAUUAAUUAUUCAUUUCUAAUGUAUCCAUAUUGAGUAGCAGUAUCUGAUUGUGUAGGAUGAUAUACUUCAUGUCUAGGCUAAACUUUUGUGCAUUUUCAUCUUAAUAAGAGUUUAUAUUUAA